AUGGCACCUAUCAAGGUUGGACUCAUCGGCUACGGAUCGUCCACCAAAGUUUUCCACCUGCCUUGGAUCCUGCCAAAUGACGACUUCCAUGUACAUGCGUUUCUCCAACGCGCCGAGGCGCCCAAAGGUCCUGUCGAACCUGGUAAACAUUGUACAAUGCUGACUGAACUUGUCAUUGUCUGCACCAAGCAUGAUACGCACUUUCAUUUUGCAGAGCUUGCGUUGAAGGCUGGAGAGCAUGUUGUCGUCGAAAAGCCCUUCACGAUAACAACCGCCGAAGCCGACAAAUUAAUCGCCUUAUCAAAGCAGACUGGUAAAGUCUUAACCUGCUAUCAAAACCGACGCUACGAUUCAGACUUCCGCACCUUACAAGCACUCGUCCAACAAGGGGCCUUCGGCAAAAUCACAGAAUUCAUAAACCACUACGACCUCGACAAUCCACCAUGGAUCCAUUACGACAAGCCAGCCGAAGCAGGAGACGGACUUCUCUUCGGCCUAGGCUCCCACAGCAUCGACCAAACCAUCCAGCUCUUCGGUCUCCCAAAAACAAUCUUCGCAACCAAACGCUCAACUCUAAAAGAUCUCCUAGUCACAAUAAAAACCAGCGUCGUGAACCCAAUGUCCGUACACAAGAUCCCAAAAUUCUCCAUUCGAGGCACGCAUGGCUCGUACUUCAAGACCGGAGAAGAUCCUCAGAUCGAACAGCUUUUGGAAUUAGGGAUGAAGCCUACGGAUGAGAAGUUUGGUGAGGAACCGGAGAAGUAUCAUGGGUAUUUGACUACGAGGAAAGAUGAUGGGGGCAAAUUUGAUGGUGUUGUGAAGAGUCGGAAGGGGAGUUAUGUGGAUUAUUAUAAGGAUCUUGUGAAGGCGAUUCGUGGGGAGGCGGAGUUGGUUGUGAAGCCUGAGGAGAGUAGAAAUGUUAUUCGGUUGAUUGAGCUUGCUAAUGAGAGUGCUGAGAAAGGUGUUUUGGUGGAGUGGAAGGACUAA